AUGUCGUUUAAGAAGAAAACUGUCGUAAUAUCUGGUGGGACUGGGACUGGAGCUGUUGGAAGAACUCCAGCUCAGUCCAUGGUUCCAGGACGUGUUCCUGCUGUCCCAAUAUCAACAUCUGGACCAGCACAAAUUAGAGGUGGUCCAGUUGCCAGAGGUCCUGUUCCAGGAUCUGGUGCUGGAAUUGCUCCGGGAUUGAGUACUUCUAGGGGGCUGGCGUCUGUACGGACGGUAGAUGUUACUAUUCAGAAUCGUGGUUCUUCUUCAUCUCAGAUAUCAACUAGCAACAUCAUGGAACAUGAUGGAGUGAGACCCUCUUUACAGACAUCUGCUCCUACAAUUUCCCUUGGAUCCAGUAGUCUGGAUAAGUUAUUAAAUCAUGGUGGUCUGCCAUUGGGAUCUUUAUUGGCAGUUGAAGAAUCUGGAUCAACCGAUUUCGCCAGUAUCAUUCUACGGAGCUUUGCCGCUCAGGGUAUUGUUCAUGCUCGAUUGCUGGAUCAAACUAAAAAAGCAAUUGCUCCUACAAGAAUUGUCGUCGUUGGGGGUGACGAUUCAUGGGGCAUGGAACUUCCUGGCGUUUAUAAAGACAAGAAAGAAGCUGCUCGUGAAAACCUCAGGAAAGAGCAGUCGAGAAUCUCAGUAGGAAACCUUGCUAAUAAUCCUUCUACGACACGUAUAACAACUGGAUCCAAUAAUGAAGAAAUCAACUCCAACUCAUCUCCUAGUGUCACUUCCUCUACCGAUUCAGCUUCAGCUAAUGAGACAAGUACCGCUUCUGGUGACUCUACUACUGCUAAUACUACCACAUCUGGCGAAAGUCGUAGCUCACAUGAUAUGAAGAUUGCCUGGAGAUAUGCGCAGAAUUCAGCACCGAAGAGCAAUGUUGCUAACGAAACCGUAACCUCGAAACCUAAUUACACAACAUUAUUCGACUUCACAUCACGACUAAUACCUAGACCCAGUGUCAAUGAGAUCAGUUAUAUCCCAGUGAAAACCAGUUUUGCAUCGAUAAUAUCACAACUGGAGACGAUAUCUCAGCAAGCCAGUAGUAAAGGCAUGGUUCUCAGGGUGGUAGUUCCAUCUCUACUACAUCCAGCAAUCUACCCACCACAUUUUGCACACCCUAACGAGCUAAUUCCAUUCCUCCACUCGCUUCGAGGUUUAUGUCGCAAGUAUCCACAGACUCUCACGGUCAUCAUAUCACUGCCAUUACAACUGUUUCCCCGAGACACUGCUCUAAUCCGGUGGUUCGAGCUAUUAUGUGACGGUGUCCUGCAUUUAGAACCGUUUCCAGAAGAAAUCAUUAACGAACUUCGAGAAGCCAAUUCUAAAGAUAUUGGCGGGUCCUCAUCCUCCAAAACAACGUCGUCGAGCAAUGCAAACCAAUCACAGGGGCUAGUUCACAUUUACAAGCUUCCUGUCUUCUCAGAAAAAGGAGUAAUGGCUGUCCGCAAAAGUGAGCAUGCUUUCCGUGUAGGACGCCGCCAGUUCGAAGUCCAAGAAUGGGGCAUUCCUGUCGAAGAUGCCCCAGGUCCCGACACCGAAGAAUCCAAAAAGCUCGACUACUAA